AUGGAUCCUCGAGACGUCGCCUCGCGCGACUUAACUGGGGACAAUACAGUGUUACAGAAAAAACUGAUCGAUGCAGUGAAAGAAGGAAGCGCCGAAAAAGUUACAGACAUAUGCGUUUCUCUCCCAAGGAAUUUUGAUAUGAACAACGUUUUUGAAAAACCAUUUUAUGGAACCCGUAAUGGGACACCUUUACUUCAUCUUGCCUGUAGUACUAGAAAUCCAGGGGAAAUAUUGAAAAUUUUGGUCAAGUAUGGAGGAAGUUUAUGGUCGAACAAACUAGAUGGUUUAAAUUUAUUUCAUUAUGCCUGCAAAAGGAGAAAUGUGGAGGUUAUACAAUUCAUUCUAGACAAGUGUCAGGAUGUGUUAUUCCUUCAUAGUCUAUCAGAUGCUGGUUAUGAUGCACUCUUUUACGCAACAGAAUCUUGGAAAAACGACCCAGAAGAAGGGAAAAAUGUUAUUGAACUCCUACUUUCCCAAGGAAAUUUUAAGAUUAAUCGAUUUCGAAAAGAUGGAUCGACUGAGGUGUUGAAUGCUGUUAUAGAAGGAAGAUGCCAGUUAGUAUCAAUGCUCUGCAAGUUAGGGGCAGAUGUGAAUCUUGGAUAUCGUUCGUCUAAAAAGGCAAUUCACUGGGCAAGCGAACGAAGUGGGUAUCACGAUAUGAUACAAUUACUUAUAGACCAUGGAGCAAAUAAAAACGAAGUUUGGCGCCACUGUCAGCGUCCUAUACAUUUGGCUCUCAAGCAUAGUCUAACUAGAAAUGCAGAUGUUUUGCUGCGAUCAGGAGUUGACAUUUCUGGCUCAAUAAAGCUUAAUAACCCUAAGUACUUGUGGAUUUCAACAUUUUGUCUAGCCGCCAUGCGAUGCCCUUCACUAAUUCCAGAGUUUCUAGCUCGCGGUGCCAACCCCCAAGAAAUCCACUACACGAGUGGGUACUCAGUGAUUGGAUUUGCCAUAGAAAAUAGUGGUAGCCGAGAAGUGAUAAAGUCCCUAAUACAGAAAGGCGCUAACAUCAUGAAAGGAUGUCAUGGAAAAUCUGCUAUCAAAUGCUGCAAAACAUUAGAUCAAAUGCUUGCGUUUGUGGACUGUGCAAUAUCACUGAAGACCCUCGAAAGUGAACUUGACACAAAUCUCUUAAGAAAGGUGCUUUCAGAAUACUUCUCAUCUGAGGAAACUGUGGUUGAAAAUGCUAAACUUUUGAUAUCGAAAGGUGCUGUUUUAGAUGACCCACGAAAUGCUAGUUCAUUUUUGAUUCAUUACCUACAGAGAAGAAAGUACAAAGUUGCAGAAUUUCUCAUCGAAAAUAGAAUAAACCUGAAUCAAAAGGAUGAAGAUGGAAACACAGCUUUACAUAUCAUCUGUGAAAUGGAAUCAUAUUUCCCAGAAGCACCUUUAACACUAGUUCAAAAACUACUAGCGGCGGGGAGUUUGGUCAAAGAAGUAAACAACGCAGGGGAAUCGCCAUUGCUCGUGGCACUUAGAACAAAUUAUCGUCAUUCUUAUAGACAACAAAAGAAAACUGACCUAAUUAAAUGUCUCCUCGACAAUGGAGCUGACAUAAAUGUUCAGUUUCCUAAGGAACGAAAAUCUACAUUGGCCUUGGCUAUCGAGUCCCAAGACAUAGAGAUGACGAAGUUAUUGUUGAAUGCUGGGUACGACGUCAACAAAAAGGAGGCUGAUGGAGAAUUGGCGAUCUUUCAUUGUUUCCCAUUAGACACACCAAAGAAAAGAGAGCUUUUUACUGUGAUUUUGGAAGCAGGAAAUGAUUCAAAUACCGUCGAUAGCAAAGGAACCCGUCUCCUUGAACGCGUUUUUCAGGCUUUAGUCACUGUUCCUAGAAAUAUCAGAAGUAACUUUUACCAAGAUGGCGAAACAAAUGAGGCAAAAGUCAAAACAGAAACUGAAAUAAAACAACUGUUCAGUUUGUUGUUGAACAAAAAAGCCGAUCUAAACACAGCUGAAGAAGGCGAAGACUCAUUGCUCAUGAAGGCUAUCAGAUAUGAAGCAGAAGAACUUGUUAUCUUGCUUAUCAAGGCUGGAUCUAGCAUAACUCAUAUUGGAGAAAAUAAACUCACACCACUGGAUGUAUGUUGCAAGUUGUCAAAAAGAAAGGUCAUGAACGGAUCACAGGAAAAAAGUUAUAGGAUGAAAGAUGAAGGUUUGGGGAUAUUGAACAUUCUACUUGACAACAAUUUACCAUUGGAUGCUCCAAACUCGAAGGGAAAAUAUCCUUUAGAGGUUGUAAUGGUUUUUGAUAAUGCAGAGACUGAAAUUCAGAAAAUGCUGUCUAAGGGUGCAGACCCAAACAAGUACGAUGUCAGUGAAGAAUGUCCACUGAUCAAAUCAGUAUAUGGAAGUCCGUCAGUAACAUGGGCUUUAUUAAAAGCCGGGGCCGAUUCACAGACGACAGCAAAAGAUGGGAGAAGUGUAUACGAUUUGUUCACUGAAAGAGCCUUUUAUGAUGACAAUUUAUCUUGUCCUGAUGAAGGAUUAGCAGCGGAAAUUCAAAUGAGAGCUCUAACAAGAAAUCAAGUAUCCCUCAUAAAAAUAGAGGACAUCUCUAAUACUUUCACCAUAUCAGAAAAAAUUAGACCAUUUUUGAAACAACUUCAACUAAAGAGUUUGAGGAAGCAACAAUCUCUUUAUCCCAUAUGA